AAUUUUACCCUGCCUCUUUGGCAUUUUGAUUGAUGUUCCCGUGGCUCCAUAUCUAUAAGGGUAAAAGGGAGGUAGUAAAAAAAGACAAGUCCCAGUUCAGCCUUUUUCGCACAUACUCAUGCAGUCCAUGUUAUUAGAUAACGACAAAUCAGAACUAAACUGCAUUUUAGUUGCUGUAUGAUAACACGGGUGACGUGGAGAAUCCUGUAGGCUUGCAGGAGCGCGCGCCUCUCCACAUCAUGGAUCAUAUGGGAGUGCAUCUCCACCAGACACACGCGGACACCAUCAGUUUUGGGAUUGAUCAGAUUCUUAACAAUGGAGACCAGGGGAGCUGCAUGAUCUCCAACCCCAGAAUGCAGGACCUGGACUACGGUUUGGGGUGCAUUGUCAGCACAGCCUACACUACCAUGACUGGCAACUACAAUGUCAAUAACUCGGCUGGAUACAGUGGAAACUCGUGCAGCGUUGGCUCGCUCGGCGGCUCGUACAACAUGAACUUGGGCACGAAUGUUAAUGGGAAUUGCCUUAAUUCUUCGGGAGUGAUCCGGGUGCCAGCGCACCGACCGCUGAGUAGCGUUCACUCAUCCAUUCCCAGUAUGGGAAGCAUGGGCACCAUUAAUAAUCUCACGGGAUUAACAUUUCCAUGGAUGGAGAGUAACAGGAGAUAUACCAAAGACAGAUUUACUGUGGCCAUCUCACCGUUCACUGUAACACGCCGUAUAGGUCACCCGUACCAGAACCGAACCCCUCCGAAGAAGAAGAAGCCCAGGACGUCGUUCACGCGCCUCCAGAUCUGUGAGCUGGAGAAACGUUUCCACCAUCAGAAGUAUCUGGCGUCAGCUGAGAGAGCAGCCUUAGCGAAAGCACUUCAAAUGACUGAUGCGCAGGUCAAAACAUGGUUCCAGAACAGAAGAACGAAAUGGAGGAGGCAGACAACAGAAGAAAGAGAAGCCGAACGACAACAAGCGAACCGAAUCCUAAUGCAACUUCAACAAGAGGCAUUUCAAAAGACUAUCAACCAACCUGCUAAUACGGAUCCAAUCUGCCUUCACAACAGCUCUUUAUUCGCACUUCAGAACCUCCAGCCCUGGACUGAGAACACGGCGAAAAUCAGCAGCAUUCCCAACAGUGAUUAAGUCGACGAGCUUUGUUAUGGAAGUGCGAUGGACCGGGCAAUCGAUCAACAUUACAUAAUAUCUUCUUUAUUUUCGUAACGUUAGCAUUUUAUUUGUAAUUUGUAAUAUGCAGCUGGCAAGCUCAACGAAUAGCCUACUUGAUGUUCCCCAUUACAGUCGAGUAGAAUAAUGGGAAAGCAAUUUUAUCGAUUUCAUUGUAUUUAAUUCGACUUGGAAAUGCAACGAACGAAUUGUAAGCCUAAUAGCCUUUUGUGUUCGUUUGUAUCUCAACCUAAUUUUAUCUUUACAGCCCACAGUUCAUGGUAACAAGUAUAAUAACCUUUAUUAACAAGUCAUUAUCGAAUAGACCUGUAUUUACUGCUUAAGAGUUCAGUAUAUAGAUGUUGGCCAACAUUCAAAUUUUAACAAACCUAAAAAUAUAUGAAUCUAAGUUUUGUUCUAUUUAUAUGUUAUUUUAGCUAUUAGGCUCUACUGUUUGUAAUUAAUAAUCAUACAGUAUGUUAAGCAUUAGCCUCUAACAUAUUGUUUGUUAUAAACAAAGUUAUUUCUAAGUGUUGCUCAAUUUGUCCUUCUUUAUCAUACGUUUCGAUUUUCGAUUUUUUUAUCUUUUCUUUUUUUCUUCUUCUCCAUAAUCGCAAAUGUUGCGCAUAGGCCAACAUGGAGGGAUUGCAUUUUUGCACGUUUGAUAUUUAACAUUUUGUGAACAAAUUCGUUGUGUGGAUUUACAUUCAGAAAAUUACGUACAUAAUCGGCUUUCAUUCUCUAUAUUUGUGAUAAAUGAGGAGUGUGUGGUAUAUUGACUAAAGCACUUGUUAUGCAGUAAUGGGAAAAUGUUGCAACUCUGCAAAUUAAAAUGAUUUGUGAAUUUCA